ACUCAUCAAGAUCAACACCAAAGGCAUUGCAGCGAACUCAUCAAAUGGCGCAGAGUGUGAAAAUUCCUCGUGUGAAACUCGGAACUCAAGGCCUUGAGGUUUCGAAGUUGGGAUACGGUUGUAUGGGUCUCACUGGAGCUUACAAUGAUCCACUUCGCGAAGAUGAAGGCAUAUCUGUUAUCAAACAUGCAUUCGAUCAAGGAAUCACUUUUUUUGACACUGCUGAUAUUUAUGGGGUCGACCAUGCUAACGAGAUUUUGGUCGGAAAGGCUCUGAAGCAGCUACCAAGAGAAAAGAUCCAAAUAGCUACUAAAUUUGGCAUAACAAAGAUCGAUUCUUCUGGAAUGUCUGUUAAGGGCACACCAGAGUAUGUGCGGUCAUGCUGUGAAGGCAGCUUGGAACGUCUGGGUGUUGAGUACAUUGAUCUCUAUUAUCAGCACAGAGUGGACUUGUCAGUACCUAUAGAAGAUACAGUAGGUGAACUCAAGAAACUGGUGGAAGAGGGGAAAGUGAGGUAUAUUGGAUUAUCUGAAGCAAGUCCAGAUACUAUAAGGAGAGCACAUGCUGUUCAUCCCAUCACUGCUGUUCAAAUGGAGUGGUCCCUCUGGACUCGUGACAUUGAGGAAGAGAUUGUUCCUCUCUGCAGGGAGCUUGGCAUUGGAAUUGUACCAUACAGCCCUCUUGGUCGAGGUUUUUUUGGUGGCAAAGGAGUUCUGGAAACUGUUUCAACUGUUAGCUCACUGAUGAGACAUCCACGCUUCCAAACUGAGAACCUGGACAAGAACAAAAGAUUGUAUGAGAAAAUAGAAGAACUUGCUGCGAAACACCACUGCACUCCUUCACAGUUGGCAUUGGCAUGGAUGCUCCACCAAGGCAAUGAUGUUGCGCCUAUUCCUGGCACUACUAAGAUUAAGAACCUGGAUCAAAACAUUGGUGGGGUAUCAUUGAAAUUAGCAGAAAGUGAGUUGAGAGAAAUUUCUGAGGCAGUUCCCAUUGAAGGCGUAGCAGGGAAUCGACACUACUAUGGAUUAGCUAGUUUUGCAUGGACUAUUGCUAAUACACCUCCAAAAGAUCCCAGGGUCUAAACUUAUAUCACUCAAAAUCCUUUUCAGUGGAACUAUGCACUAUGAGCACGAGUUAACUGAUGUUUGUCAUCGUAUGUAAAAUCCAUAGUAUCAGUAUUUGAAUAUGCGUGUUGAAUUUAAUAAAUCCAAUUCACCUAUGGCCUCUCCAUGAUUGAAAUAUUUGGUGGGUUCAGGUUUGUAGUUUGCUGUACUAGUUUGUGAUGUAACAAAAACAAUGAAUAAUGCAAUAUUAUACACCUUGAGGUGAGUCUUUGCUCAUUAA